AUGAAGCUCGAAGGGGGUAAAAAAAUUGAAACUAUGAUGGAAGAAGAUUAUGAAUAUGUACAAUCCGAACCAGAUAUCAACAGACCAUUCCAGGGAGGGUUUCUAGUUUCUAUUCAGAUUAAAUACCGAUCAACAGAAAAUCUACAAAUAUAUGAUCCCAAAAUGAAUCACGAGGGUGGUUCCAAGACAUUAAAUCAUUAUUUACGUGAUUUCGAUGAAUUAUUAUCCCGUAUGAUCCUCGAUGAAAAUGAGAAUUCUUUUACAAUACGCUAUGGAAUUUUUAUUGUCAAUGACAAAGUUCAUAUCCCUGAACGGUAUUCUAGUAUCACGAAUAUUAUUAUGGUAAUCAAUGAAUCAGAGAUUACUAAUGAUAAUAUAAAAGAUUUCUUUAACCAAAUCAGAACACAUAAUCAUAAUAUUUCCCAGGGUAAACAAACCCAAUUCUAUGGUAGUGGAAAAACCAUACUCAACAAGACUGACAGGGCAAUGAUAGCAGCACAUACAGAUACUAUUGAAACUAUUUUUAAAAAUUUAAGUAACGAAACCUGGGCGAAUGAAAAGAAAAGAUUAACUAAGAUGGUGUUGGAUAUCAUCAGAGAGACAAGAAUAUGCACAGCAAUCACAGAGUCGGAUAGGAAAGGACCAAGAUAUGAAAGUGACUGUAUAAAUACAAACAUAUGUAUUACUUCAAUGAUAAUGAGU